AUGGAAUACAAACGACUCGCUCAGGAUCAAAAUAAUUCCGAGAUUCAACAGCCAUACACAAAUCAUGCACUCACUUCUUUGUCACAUAGUGUUAUUCCUAAUAUAAGCGUUCUAGGGAACUACAAUAGAAACCCCAGUUUGAGUCCAUAUUCGUCUGCUACUGGAAAUCCAUUAUCACAGCGCUUUAAAAACUCUGAUAUCCAAUCCAGUACUAAUCAGAUUUCAAAUGUUUCAAAAUAUCCCAAAAAUUCAGAAACUAAUGCAAGCUUAAUUCAAAUCGCCAACCCAAAUAGUAAUUUAAAGCAACCGUUUCAAAUGAAUGACUGUGCUCCAGAUCAAAUGGAUCCACAACCCAAUUUUGAUCUCAAUCUAUUGCUAAAUCAAUCGCUUUUGAUAUUCUCUACUGCUCGAAUAGAGGCACUUGAAAAGACGGUCGCAAUGGACUCGCUAACAAUUCGUGACUUUGCAGAAUAUUUAUUAGCUGCUGAGCAGACAGCAUAUCGUACGAUUCAAAAGCAUCUAUCCUGUGCAACUGUAAAAACAAAACUGCAGUCCAACAUAGAUCAUCUAGAUGCAUUCCAAUCUAUGCAAACUCACAAAUUGCAAGAGUCAACUUCACAAUUGCAUGCUACUGUUGAGUAUAUUCAUCAAGUGCGCGACAAGGCGGAAAAGGAAUUACAAAAAAUACAUCAAUUGAUUAAAAAUACAAGCUCGAGCAACAACAAACAAGACAUUUUAAAUGCAAUGAUUGACAAGCCUACACAGUUGAUGAUGGAUCCACACUUUACAGCACUUGCAAUGAAAAUUGAAUCACUUCAAUUUCAAAUCUCAUCGGUUGAAAAAAACGCCAGACAAAGCAUUGAAAAGGAAAUGCACUAUAGACUUCAAUUUGAAAAAAGUUGUCAGAAUUUAUACAAGGAUAUUAGAGAUAUUGUGCAUACGCAUGAACGAUCCACUGCCAAUCACAUUGAAACUAUUCGGCAAGGUUUGUUUGAUGAGAUUUUCAAAGAGCGUCACGAGCAAAGUAAAUUCAUGACCGAAACUGUUAAAUGCCAACGCAUUCACGAAGAUAAAUGUAAAGAGUCAUUCGCCACAUUGCAAGAUAAUUCUAUUCAACAACAAAUGCUUAUGGAGCAAUCACUAAAUGAUAGAAUUUCUGACUGUCAAGCGCAUACUGUGAAAUUGCGAGCAAGUUUAGCAGAUGGUAUAAAGGCUGUUCGCUCAGAAAUCUGGCAAAGUGUCAAUGAUGCCAUACAGCGACAUAAAUUAGAAGAAACGCAAAAUCAAGCCAUUCAAAAACUGAGUGAAUCCAUUUGUCUCGUUGAAAAGGAUGCUAAACGAGCAUCUACAUCUUUGGAAGAGGUACUAAGAGCAGAGAUCAAAUCUAGACUAGAAAUGGAAAAAGAGGUUUUGAAAUUGAAAGAGGGCAUUAAAAUGGCAAUUGAAGAUAUUGAUAAAAAGCAUUCAUCAAGUCUGCGUAAUUUGGCAGAGGGUUGUGAAGAACAGUCAAAAAAAUUAUUCAAGCGUAUUGGGGAUAUAGGUUCACGACUGAAACAUACAUCAUCCGAGGCACAUAUCGCUGAAAAGAAUACACACGAUAUACUAGAUCGCAAGCAUCAAUUGGCUAUGCUUGAGAUCAAAAAUCAGCAUGAAUUGAUUAUUCAAAGUGAGCUUAAAAUACAAGAUCUGACAAACUUGUGCGAUACCAUUCAGACAAAAGUAAAGAAAAACCAUGCGUCACAGUUUACUCAUAUGGAUUCUGCCAAAAAAGCAAUCCAAACACAACUGGACACAUUUGUCAAAAAACACGAUUUAAUCCAGCUUCAAAAAAACAACAGCAGCGACAUUGAUAAAUUGGAAUCGAAUAUCCGUGAUAUUCAAGCCUUUGUAUCAGAGUUUGAAAAGUUUAAAUGUAACUAUGCCACAAAGGAAGACUUGAGUGAAAUCGAAAACAAGCAACAUUUGUCUACGAUCGCCUACGAUAGCACAGUAGAGCGUUUGCAGGCAAGUAUUUGCUCAAUUAUAGGUAAUAUACAGACAUUAGCAACCAAUCAGGAAAUCUUGGCCAUGAAAGAGUGCAUUUCAAGAAUUUCCAACGAGCUAAAUACUAAACAAUUCAUACAUACUCAAACCCCACAAGGUUACGACAAGUAUCGCGACUUGGAUUUUGAAUUGGACAGUACAUUCUUGGCAACUGAACUAUGCACGAACGAGACUACUGUAGAUACUCGCGACUCUUUGCAACAGUUCAACACAUUGUUUACACAUCAAGUCAAGAUUCAUUUCCAACACCUUUAUUUAGCACUUGCCACCAUUCAUGAUUUGCUUGUGAAUAACCAUAGUUUACUGAAUUUCGACAAGGAAAAGCUUGAAACAUUACAGAAUCUUUUGAAAAUCAAUGCCCAUUCGACAAGUCAGCCAUCAAUACACAUUACAGAUCAACAGUGUAUUGUAAAUGAUAUAGAUUGUCUGGAACUUUCAACAGAUGAGCAAGCAGCUGUAUCUGCAGACGUGUUAGAGUGUUCAGGUAGUGCUGUGCAUGUAAAAGACGACAGUGGAUCUUUUAUUGAUGAUCUAAUCACGCCAACGCAAGCCACAGAUGAUCACACUCAUACAGGUUUAAAUGAUCGUAAAGAUACAAGUUUGGCACAUUAA